CUCUGCAACUGCCGGAGAAGUUGUGGUUUAAGGAAGUAAAGGAAAUUUUGCAUCCACUGGAUGCUGAAGCUACAAAUGUAGAAGGGAAAACAGCUAGGGCUAUAUUUACUGAACAACACAAAGAGUUAAAGGAUAAAGCUGAGAGAUGGAUUAAGGAUACUGUAAAUUCAUGCUUGAUGGCAGCAACAAUUAUUGCCACUGUGGUUUUUGCAGCAGCUUUGAAAGUACCAGGCGGCUCCAAAGAAAAGACUGGGACUCCUCAUUUUGUUCGAAGAGCUUCCUUCAUAAUUUUUGCCAUAUCAGAUGCCGUAGUGCUAAUAUUAUCCUCUUACUCCAUAUUAAGGUUCUUAUCUGUUAUCUCUUCCCGAUAUGCAGAAGAAGAUUUCAUUUCGCCAUUACCUCUGUUUUUGGGUUCUGGAUUAGCAGCACUUUCUCUAUCAAUAUCAGCAAUGAUGGAAGUGUUUUGUGCGACUAUGUUCAUUGUCUUCAAAGAUGGGAUGCUGUGGAUUCCUAUUCCUGUUACGGUAAUGGCUUAUUUCAUGAGCUUCAUGUUCUUGGAGAAAGUUCUAACUAUCAUUGAAGAUGUAGUGCGUUUUAGCAAUAAUAACAGGAGUUCACUCUUCAAGUCCUCUGCUGAAGAGCCUUUUUAAAGGUGGGAAGAAACUCGA